AUGAUGAAUACUCUUCCACCAAGUUCAAAGAAGACAUUCGAAGAGUAUUUUAAUGAAGAUAUAUUACCAAAGAUGCAGGUUUACUUCAGAAAGUAUGAAAGAACAGACAUCGUGUUCGACACAUACCGUGAAUCAAGCUUGAAAAAUGAGACGAGAACCAACAGAGGAAAAGGCAUCAGAAGAAGGGUAACAUCCACUACUAAAGCACCAGGAAAUUGGAGAGCAUUUUUGCAAGACGGUGAGAACAAAACAGAACUUUUUAAGUUCCUUGCUGACAAGAUAUCUGACGCUGAUGGCCUUGUAAACACUGUCAUAGUAACAAAGGGGGAAGAUGUUGUUAGUAAUAGAGCCGUACCUCAAGAAGUUAAGCCGUGCAAUCACGAAGAGGCCGAUACACGAUUUUUGUACAUGCCAGAAGUCUAG